AGAAGGAGCACACUUUUUUAUUCAUAGGUGAUCACUUCGUCGGGGUACACAUUCAUAUAUCACGUUCCAGUACGAAAAGUACUAAGUGCAAGUACAAUUUCGUCCACCGGCGGAGCCACAAAAUAUAGCAAGUAUGGGUGCCGUUGGUCGUCCCGACUCGUCCGAUGCGGAGCCGUUGCUGGAGGUGUUAGAAGAAGACUCUUGCCGACGAGAAGAGUCUCAACCUCCCUCAGAACCAUCCCGGAUGGACGACGAGGGUUGUAUAACGAAGCGGAUCCAGCAGGAAAGAACUACAACGCCCACACCAAAAAAUCCGUUAAAGCAUUGCCCACUGGACGCUUUUGACUAUCAGAAAGUCAAAGAAAAGACCGCGGCCAGCGGAAAUAAAAGUGGAAGUAGUGCGCUGGAGGCCGGUGGCUUUGGCAAGGUGUUUCCGUCCAGGAGGUCCAAUUUGUCGCUGGGAGGAGGCGCAGGAGGCGCGGCAAUGAUGUAUCGUAGUGGGAAGAUCCGUUCUCUUCUUCUUUAUAUCGGAUGCGCUCACGGCGGCGGCCUCUGCGACUGCGUCUGCUUCAAUCAGUAGUGUAGUCGUGUCACGACACAUGGACAGAUGCAUCAACUAUGAGGUUGUAGAGUUUGUCGCCGUGACCGUGUCUGUGCAACUUCUAAUUUUUAAGAUUGAUGCAACUCGACGAUUUUCGAAAUAAGAAAAUAGACUUGUUUCGUUAUUUCCCCACGAUACCCCCACGACUGACGAUAGAAACAGGGCCGCAAGCGCUUCUUCUGACAAGAGCAGCAUCAGCCUCAGCCAACUUUCCUCUUCUCGUGAUCAUGGCGCGCCGAAAACAUUCCAAGAAUGGACCGAGCGUGGCAAAAAUGUCGCCGCUACUGCGAAGGAUGCUAGUGAAAAUGAAAACACUACCUCCAGUACUACUUCGUCAAACACGAACCCUCCUGUCACCGCGUUGUCGCUGCAACAGAAGACGAAAAAGCCCACCCGAGAAGACAAACUCCGCUGUCUGUCACCGAAGUCCCGCGCCGAGGAGCAAGAGGACCGGCGGCAGCGCAUUCAGCGGAAGAAGCGGCUCGCAAACAAGAUGGCGCAACACCUGACCACGCCGGAGCUGCGGAAGGAGGCGGGGAGCGCGGCCUUCCGCGACGGGGACUGGGAAAUGGCAAUCAUUCAGUGGACCAAGGCGCUCACGCUCCUGGGACAGGCAUCGAGCAUAGCAGCUGGAAUUGCGCUCGAGAGGGAAGAACAGGAGCGGAAGGCAGGUACUUACUCAUCACGGGUCACGCAAGGCGUGGACUCAAUUCACGAUGUCUAAUUGUAAUUGACGUACGGUUUUGAUAUUUCUUCUUCUUGCAUAUUGUUCAAAGCAAAACCAAAAGCUGCGUCGCGCAGCUUUUGGUUUUGCUGAAGUGCUUUUCUCUCUUCCGUUCAUCUCGAUCCAUCUCUCUGCAGACGACUUUGCCGCAAUACAACAGGAAUUUCAUCAACCUCCUCUACCUCUAGCGACAACGCAAGUGGAAGGGGCAAAGGAAACGCCGCGCCGUCGCAGGAAACGCAAGCAGAACUUGAAGAUGCCGGUGGAGCUACCACCUGUGUUGAUCAUGGUCAUCAAAUAAAGUCCGAACAACAAUUGCCUCCGUCGACGCCAACUGCACAUUUUUCGCAGGGCAGUGAGGAUGCAGAACAGAACGGCACGAGUACAGCAACCUCCGCCACCUCAGGAGGGGAAGCGGAUGAGUGUAAAGGCGCAGCUGCAGCUGCCACAGGGGGCUCUGCUGACGCGGUCGACACUGAGAACGAGAAAGACAAACACUAUGUUGCUGGAAAAACAUCUUGAUUCAAAGUCUCAACGCUUUUUGUCUUUCUACUCAUACGCAUUGGAUACAACCGAGAUAUUUGCGGGUUACGUAUUUGUACGUGUUGAACUUGAAAUAACUACGGAAGAAACCAACUAAGGCUGUAGAAGGCCCUUUACCUCGCGUGCUUGGUCCCCUAGUUUAUUUUGCAUUAGUGUUGACCAGGUAACAUAUUAAUAUGGUAGGCUUCAGUUGUAGGCUGACGCCUGGCUGCGCCUGCCGCACUCGCCUUACAUCCUCGCUUUCGCGGCUUCGUGCGCUGAUUUCAAACUUCUACGCUAGAUAAAUGAGCCUUGACGAUAAACCAACUAUACGCGCUGACGUGCAGCAGUACGAUGAACAAAGUAGGACAAAAAUUGCGUUCUUGACAAGGAAGAUGUUGUAUGGUUUUUUGCUUCCCAUAAUCAAAUCGCCGCGAUCUAUUCCAACCGGUCCGCUGCGCACGCCAACCUGGCAGAGUACACCGACUCGCUACGCGACGCGAAGCUCGCAAUCCACUUCAACCCACUUUUUCCACGGGCGUACGCACGGAAGGGCGCGGCUUUGUUCUUCCUCGGCCGUGUCCAGGAGGCCCGGGACGCGUAUUUCGAGGGCAUGCAAGUUUGCAACUCCCACGGCAGUUGUACUGGCAGUUUUUAUUCCUCGGGUCCGGGGGCCGCGGCGGCAGCGAUCUUUGGCAACAUGGGCGGGGCGCAGCGCGUAUCCUGUGAGUGCAAUAAAAGUAUCGUACUUGUAUAAAUGCAUAUGCAAUUACAAAUUUCCUAAGCAUGACAAAUAAAAUUUGUAAUGCGAGAUUACCUUGAGAAAAAGAUGCAUUAUUGCAAUACGAGUACGAUACUUUUGCACAGGAUAGCGGGACAUCUACGAGGCGUUGAAGCAGGGUAUGGAUGAUUGCGACUUGCUGCUCGACGUCACGCUGGUGAAGACGCGGACGCUGUUUGCAAACCGCUCUGCACGGGAGUACUUCGGCCUGUUGGUCAACCCGCUGGAGCUGAAAAGCUGGAAUUUGUGGAUUCUCUACGUCGCGAUCGUGUUUUCCAUGGUGUGUUCCAUCGUCAAGCAGGUGCACGGGUAUUGAAGCAGGUCGUCGCGCAAGAGGCUGCUCGGACUUUGCUUGGCAUCUACUUCUGUUGAGCUCUCCACGAAAUAAAAGGGGUUUCGUUUCAUCCGGCUGCAGUUGAAGUAGACGAAGUCUCUGGCUUUACGUAAAGAAGAAGAGCUAGAACAUUUGUCUUCGACUGUCUGCAAUAAACUCCUUUUUGCUUGUUUCACAGACGGAGUACAUCCUCAGCGAGUGUCCUCAGAAGAUUUGCAAGAAGUUGUGGCUGAACGAACAUACAGUAACAGAUCGAUGACCACCACGACUCGCAGUAUUGCCUCUUCGAGCGUCCGCAUGACGUGUGAAAACAGAAGAUGCAGAACUACCGG